GUCCCGCCGCGCCGACUCCGCGAUUCGCGGUCGCCCUCACCCAAGAGGGUCGGGGCAGGGGGCUGGGCGCUGCCCCCGCCAUGCUCCGCGGACUGGCUUGGGCCACGGUCCAGAGGCACCGGGCCCUCUGGGCUCGGGCGUUUGGGAGCUGGGCGGGGGUCCCGGCGCACGUGGUAGACCUGCGCAGCGACACGGUGACCAAGCCUGGGCCUGCCAUGAGGCGAGCCAUGGCCGAGGCAGUCGUGGGGGACGACGACUACGGCGAGGACCCCACCGUCCGCGAGCUUCAGGAAAAGGCUGCAGAGCUGCUGGGGGUGGAGCAGACCUUGUUUGUGCCCACCAACACCAUGGCCAAUCUCAUCUCUGUGAUGUGUCACUGCCGACGCCGGGGCUCCCAGCUCCUCCUUGGACAGGAGUGCCACCUCCACGUCUAUGAGCAGGGUGGGGUGGCUCAGAUCGCAGGAGUGCACUCCCACCCCCUCCCAGACCUGCCCCAUGGCACCCUGGACCUGGCUGAGCUGGAGAGGAUUAUCACACGGGGACUCGGGAGCCCCCACUACCCAGUCUGUGAGCUCAUUUGCCUGGAGAACACCCACAGCAGUUCGGGGGGCCGGGUCCUCCCCAUCGAUUACCUACGCCAGGUGCGCCUCCUGGCCCAGAGUUACGGGGUGAGGGUCCACCUGGACGGUGCCCGGCUGCUGAACGCCUCGGUGGCUCUGCAUGUGCCUCCGGCCCACAUCAUGGAGCACUGUGACUCUGUGUCUCUCUGUUUCUCCAAGGGCCUGGGUGCACCAGUGGGGGCCCUGGUUGGGGGGCCCAAGGACUUCAUCGAAGAAGCCUGGCGCCUCCGGAAAGCCCUGGGCGGGGGCAUGCGCCAGGCUGGGGUGCUGGCAGCGGCUGCCCUCGUGGGACUGGCUGAUGCCGAAGAGGUGCUGCUGAGGGACCACCAGAAUGCCCAGAGAUUUGCCAAAGGACUCCAGGAACUGGCGUCCCCCAUCUGCUCCGUGGAUCUCGCCACCGUGGAGACGAACAUAGUGAUGGUGAGGGUGAACGGGCUGCCACCCGAGGAGCUGUGCCGGCACCUGGAGGCCGUGAGCGCUGACGAGGUGGCCCAGACUGGCCGUGCUGUGCGCGUGCUGCUCUUCCCCUGGACGGAGCGGUCGGUGCGCGCCAUGUGGCACCGUGACGUCUCGGCGCAGGACACCGAGCUGGCACUGAGGAAGUGGGGGUUUGUGCUGAGGCAGCUGGGCCCCUGAGGAUGGAGUGACCGGACCCUGUGCCCAGCUAGGAUCAUGGCGAGGAGUGGAGGUGUCCCCAGGGAGCGGACGGGAGGAGAGGCACGACCCGGUCGUCCACUCGUCUGCUUGGACCACUUUACCUCCCACGGCACUCAGGGCUAAGCUGCCACCCAUGUUCCUCCAGCAAGCCCUGAGCGCUUCUGUGUCCCAGACAGGGCACCCACGCAUGCAGGGACGGCAGGACCCCAUCCCAGCGCCCUCCCCACGGCCCGGGAGGCCACCACAGCAGGGCCUCUGCUCCCAGGGACAGAGGGGAGACUGCCCGAGCCCACGAGAGCGUCCUGUGCUCAGAGGCAGGUGAGGGCCGUCGGAAAGGGACAUAGAGAUGGUGGGAAGGGCGUCACCUGCCGUGGGAGGGGGCCGGGGCUUUAUCUCGUAGUUGUCUAAUACGUAUUUACUUUUUUACAAAAUAAAGUUU